UGAGCCCUUUGGUUAUUUUGUGUUUAGCUCAAGGUCCCCAUAGAGAGCAAAACUUUAUUGGGAAAAGCCGAGGCGUUUUGAAGCAGGAGGAGGUUCUGUCUGCCGCCACACCGACCUUCCCUUCGGACAGAUGCCCUCGUUCUCUCUCAGAUUCGCUUCUCCGUAGGCAAGAACAACACAGUUCGGGGCUGCUGAUUCACUCCCUUUCUCUGUGAGUGAGCUUUUCCCUUUCUGGGUUUUCGAGGUUUACGCAUUAUAGUUUUAAGGAUGUGCUUCUCUGUCUCUGUCCGGUUCGUCUGAUUUCUUGAAGGCGGUCUCUUGAUUGUUCCCGCCGUUGACUGGGCCUCGCGUCACUUUCCUUCGGCGAAACCUGAAUUAGAACAGAAGCUCUCCGUCUCUGCUGCGAUCUUCGUCUCCCCGCAGGUUCAUCUUUACACUGAACGAGAGCCGACAACUCGGCAGAGGAGGGAGGAAGCGGCGAGUACCAAUCCGUAAGAGCAGCAGAAGAUGGGGAAGCUGGGGAAGAAGGCGAGGAAGUUCGCCAAGAAGAACCUGCAGUCCGUGCUGAAAAGGAGGAGGAAGAUUAAGUCCAUGAUCAAAAGGAAAGCCUCCAAGAGAGAGGGGCGGGGUCAUCCUGAAGAUGAAGAAAGGGACACUAGAGAACAGCCAAAAGAAAGGAAUUUCGAGGAUCAAGACAUUUUAGACAUUCCGCUUGAGGAUGUAUUUGGCAGAGAUGGUAUCGAUGAGGAUGAAGAUGAUUCAGAUAGCGAUGGUUACCUCUCAGAGGAAAGCGACGGAUGUGCAGAAGGUGAUCAAAAUGGGACUUGUCUUGAAGAUAACAAGAGCAUGACAGCUUUGUCGGCACAGAGCAAUGAUAUUUAUUCUGAGCUCGCAAAGAAGAAGAGCAGGUUGGAGAAGUUAAAGAGGAAGGAUCCUGAAUUUUCUAAAUUCCUGGACAACUACGAGAAGAGCCUUGAUCAGUUCAGAGAUGACGAAGUCUACUCUGGUGAUGAUACGAGUAAUGAUGGUAUGGAAGAAGUUGAAGAGGACACCUCUAAACCAAGAAAGAUCAAAUUGUUGACGAUGCCAACAAUUGAUGCCUGGUGUCAACAAGUUAUUGAGAAGCAAAGUGUGCCUGCUCUAACUAGCCUAUUGAACGCUUAUCAGGCUGCAUCCCACUGCAGAACUGAGUCGUCUCAUUUUUCACGAGUGGCCUCCAUAUACGAAAUCCCAAAUGGUGAAUGUUUCGCUAGAAUAUUAUUCUUUAUGCUUCGUGAAGGCAAUAAGAUAUUCCGCGGGCUACUAGGAAUACCAUGUUCCAGUUGCAAGAAGGAGACCAUCUUGGAUCUGAGAAGCACCCAAAAGUGGAAAAAUCUAAAGCCCUUGAUCAAGUCUUUCCUGCGGAGCACUUUGUUUAUCCUUGGUGAAAUCACGGACUCAGGCAUAUUGGAUUUUGCCCUCAAACAACUCAGAGAUGCUAUAAUCUUUUUUGCUGCCUUCCCUUCUCUGCUGCAUCGACUGAUGAAGGUAUCAAUUCACUUGUGGGCCACAGGCAAAGGGUCUCUAUCCUCCCAGUCGUUUCUCAUUAUUCGUGUUGUUGCCUCUACUUUCGGCUCGGAUUGGUUCGACACCUGCCUAAUUAAAAUGUACAAGACCUUCAUUGCCCAUAGCAAGUUCAUAGAACCAGGAUUGCGUAAACACAUGGAGUACCUUAGAAACUCCAUUGUCGAGCUAUGCUCUCUAGAUGUCCACAAGUCAUCAGGCAAGGCGCUGGUCUCCAUCAAGCAUCUUGCUAAGAUACUGCAACUUGCUCUGAGAACAAAGAAGAAGGAAGCAUUGAAAAAAGUAUUCAGUUGGCAGUAUACGAACUGUGUUCACCUCUGGGUCACAUUUACUUCGGAAAAUAGCUCCGAUUAUGAUCUUCAGGCACUGCUGUUCAUUAUCGUUCAGAUUAUAAAUGGGAUGGCCGGUCUGUUUCUUGGACCAAGAUAUCUGCCUCUGAGAAUCAAGUGUAUUCAGUGGCUAAAUACUUUAUCCCAUUCUAGUGGGAUUUUUAUUCCUGUUGCAUCAUUUGCACUGGAUAUCUUGGAAUACAGGGUUGGGAAGGUGGGCGGAAAGCGUGCAAAGGACUUCAAAUUUUUGUCCUCUGUGAAGUUGCCAAAGUAUUGGCUAAAAUCUCAAGACUUCCAAGAACAGUGUGUCUUCUCUUCCAUUGAGUUGCUCUGCGUGCACUUUGAUCAAUGGUGCCACCACAUAUCCUUUCCCGAGCUUGCAACUGCCCCACUUAUCCGUUUGAGGAAGUUUUGCGGGACGACCACUGCAGAGACUUUUAAUCGCUCAGUGAAGCGUUUCAUUGAUCAGGUGGAGCAGAAUAUCGAUUUUGUGCGGAAGAAGAGAGACGAGGUGGCCUUCUCGCCCAAAGAUGAUCAAGCUGUCGAAACAUUUCUCCAGCUCGAGAGGUCGAAUGCGAACAUUUCAUAUAGGCAGUAUUACCGCAAUGUCAUACAAAAGGCUGUCUCGCAUGGUUUGCUCAUGAAUGAGAGGUCAAGUUCGAUGGAAAAGAAAAAACUGCCGAAAGAAAGGCGGCAGCUUCAGAAUCGCACCGACGUUGCGAUCAUGGAUGGCGAACUAGAAAAUGGGGAUGGCGGAAAGGUAGGGAAGAAAAGGAAGACAUGAAAGAGUAAGCCCUUUGCUGCAAUUGCUUCAAAAUUCAACAAAGAACUGGCAGAAAGAAUUAUAAGAGCACAGCAGUUUUGUUAGCGAAAGUGUAAAAUCUCUUUUUUCCUUUUCCUUUUUGGGAAAAUUUUGGCAACUAUUUUGAUUGAGAUCAGAAACAGGAGAUAUAAAUUGGGAAGCAUUAUUUUUGCUUUAUGAAGAAUCAGCUUCUUUCGAGUA